GCAAGAUUUUGUUAUCGUAACAAUGGCAGCAGCAAAAAGAAAGAUAGUGGCGGCAACAAUGGUGUGUUCAUAUUUACCAGAUGAGAUAUGGGAGCGCAUCUUCAAAUCCUUCAAUGGUGACCGCCGCACUUUAAAGUCUCUCUCUGUUGUCUCCAAACAGUUUCUGUCUAUCACAAACCAAUUCGGAGUCUCUCUCAAAAUCACCUAUAAAACAAUCCCUUACCUUUCUCGUCUCUUCCAUAGGUUUCCCAACCUCACAUCCCUCUUCCUCCUCAGUCUCUCCUGCAAAAGAGAUGACUGUGACACACUUCUUACCCAAAUCUCCGCUUUCCCUUUAUCAGACAUCAAAUCUCUCUAUCUUGCCGCCAACUUCAACAGCAAUAUUCAUGUUGAUGGGUUGAAAGCUUUGUCUAAAAAUAUGAUAAAUUUGAACAAUUUCACUUGUUUGAGAAUGGUUUGUACCACUGGCAUUACCCAGAGGGAAGAUCUCUCCGUCGUCUUUGAUUGUUUUCCUUUACUCAAAGCAGUUAAAUUCCUAUAUACCACCUAUCGUAGGUCUUUUGUUGUAUUUGAUUCUGCAGUUAUUCGUGAUCAUGAUGGAGGAUGGUUGAACUGUCGCAUACGGCGCAGGAUUGAUUUAUCUGGCAUCGAUCGCCGAACUAUUUGCUGUAUUUGCAAGAAGAAGUGUGAUUUUCAUUUUCUUCAAGAGGUCAACUUGAGUAAAUAAUAAAAGACAAGCACAACAAUAGAACCAAUAAAUCAUUCUGAUCCUUGAGUACAGGAAUGAUUUAUAUUAUUUUGGUGUUUGGACCGCGACUUAUUGCAGACGAUGAAUUUGGAAGUUCUUUGCCUGAUAUGAAUACUG